AAGAAAGCCAAGAGAGAGAGAAAGCAAAGUUGACAGGCGAGCAUGUUCUCAAUAAAUAUGGAAGACCUCCAUUGCCCCUAAUUUUAAAUUUCUGCAACCAUUUUAGUUACAGGGUCCAAAUAAUUCAAGCUGCCUUAAAUGCAUCUCUUCUCAUCAUCUUUCAUCCGAGUGUCCGGACGCGAGAAAUGGAUGGAUCUGAUACUCGUAUCCUUUCUGCAUCAUAAAUGAAUGCAGUUGAGAGUUGUGGCAAUAGAGCUUAGCUGCUGCUGCUGCUGCUGCUGCUGCUUCCUUAUAUCAUUCCCGACUCCGCCAUCGGCUUUUUUCAUCUUCUCAGAAUUCAUGUCUUUGUCCCCGAGGAUUCUGUUUACCGCCCUUGUCAUUGCUUCGGCAGCCAUUGAUGGAGCUUUCGGGUAUGCUUUAGUCUCCGGGACUGUGUUCUGCGACCAGUGCAAAGAUGGCCAAAUCUCCCUCUUCGAUUACCCCCUUUAUGGCAUUAAGGUUACAAUGGCCUGUCCGGGGAGCGACGGCCAGUCCACAAUGUGGAGGGAAGAAACAACCAACUGGGUAGGCAACUACGUGAUGAGAUUCGACGGGACACCAAAUCUGAGCGGCUGCUACACUCAGGUUUCCGGCAACACUCAGGCGGGGCCUAAUGGAUGUGGAGCCGCCGGCGGCCCGGCCCAAACUCUGAAACCUCUGUGGAGCAUGUUCGGCAUGGAAAUGUACGCCGUGGAUCCACUGAUUUCUCAACCAGCAGAGCCCAUGUCGUUCUGUCCCAGAUCGGCCAGUCCCGUCCCCAGUACACCUCCGACGCCAUGGCUGCCUCCGCCGUCCUCACCGGCGGUACCUCAGUUGCCCCCAAUGCCUCCGGUGCCAUUCCUGGAAGCCUCAGCUUGUCCGUACGAGAAAUGGAUGAUGGAGGAGUACAGAUGCUAUUGGAAAGUGGUGACGCCGGACACGAAAGUGGCGGUGGCGUUCGGGGUGGUGGCGGCCAACAGAUACGGGACAGAGAUGACCCUGGCGCAGGGGAUGAUGGGUAGAGGCGAUCCUUACAGGACCCUCUUGAGAGAAGGGACAACGGCGCUGCUCAAUUCCUACAACAGCAUCCAGUUUCCGUACCAUCCCGUCGAGGUUGUCCAGCACAUGAAUUGGGCGCUGAUGGGCUCCUCGACGCGCCAGAUUCUCCACACUGCGCUCAACUUCAUGAGGGCCAAUUCUGGAGCUGGGAGUCCUGGGACUAAUGCAGCUUGCAGAUUCACUCCUUGCAAGUCUUAAAUCAGUCUUACCUACAAUCAUCAUCGUCAUCGUCAUUAUUAUUUAUAAGGACAACAACUAACUGUGUUCUCGGCUUUUCUUGACCGACCGACCCUGCGUGUUGUUGUUUAUGGUGUAUGUAAUAUGUACGGAGUGAUAGUACACAUUGAUGAACCCAUGCCCAUUAGGCAAAUGGGUUUCUUGA